UACAGAUCCGUGAACGACUAGCGUAGCUUUGCUAACGUUUAACAUUCGUCAAGAAUUAGAUUAAUGUUUGAGGGGAUUCUGUUCUCGAGAAAUGACGCUAGAAACAUCAUGGUUAGAUCUAGGCUUUGUGGAGAAGAUCCUGCAAAAGUCGGAAAAUGACGAUUCGAUUAAAGUGAUGAAUAUAGUUUCGAAAUUGGCUACAAAUAAGGGUGACAACUACACUAGCGACAUAAUUAGAAUUACUGCCGAAUAUUCACGUGAUUCUAAGAUUAAAGAAAAAAAAUCCAUUAUUGUCAAACUCUCUCCUGCAGACGGUGUUCGACAGAAGAUCGUCACACAAGAAGGUCUCUUUCACACCGAGAUAUCAAUGAUGUCCGAUACUUUGAAUAAAAUGAAUAAGUUGUUGGAGUCAAAACACCGCUUGAGCGCGAAAAUUCUCUAUGCGCAAAAUGAAAAUCCAACGCUUCUAGUGAUCGAAGACCUUGCAUCUCUUGGUUUUCGAAUGGCUGAUCGUUCAUCUGGUCUUGAUUUAGAUCAUUCCAUACUGGCAUUUCGCGGAAUUGCUAGAUUUCAUGCAGCCUCCGUUGUCUUAUGCGAGAAGAAUCCGAAGCAAAAAGAGAUGUAUUCAAAAGGAAAAUUUGAUCAUCACUCACCAGAAAUAGAAACUUUCCUCGUUAUGAGUACAAAAGCUUUAGCAGAUGAGAUUGCGAACUGGCCAGAAGCAAAAAAAUACUCAGAAAAAGUUUCUAAACUUUCCGAUCACAUGUAUCAUAUAGAAGUAGAUACACAUAUGCUGUCUGAAGACGAAUUUAAUGUUAUUAACCAUGGUGAUUGUCAAGUGAAUAAUAUGUUAUUCAAAUAUGACUAUAAUGGGAAACCUACUGAACAAAUUUUUGUAGACUUUCAAAUGUGUGCCUAUGCAUCGGCGGCACUCGAUCUUAUCUAUUUAUUUAAUUCAAGUAUUUCCUUUGAUGUUAUUGAACAUAAGACAGAUAUUUUAUUAAAUGAAUAUCUUGACACCUUGUCAACGACUAUGAAACAACUGAAUUGCAAGACGCAGCCGCCCACUAUGAAAGAACUGAAGGCUUCCAUAAAACAAAAAGCUAGCUAUGGAAUGUUGACAUCUUUCACCGUUUUACCAUUCAUGUUGUGCUGUAAGGCUGAGGCAAAAGAUUUGGAUGAAAUAUUGGGCACUGAUAUUUAUACGAAUCCAGGUUUAAAGAAUGAGAAUUAUAAAAAAAUAUUAAUAAAAAGACUGUCACUAUACGACAAGUGGGGUUUGCUGGAUCUUUAAUAUAUAUUCUUUAUAUUUAGUGAUAGUAUGUUAAAGUAGAAAAAAAUAGAAGUUUAAG